UUGCGCAGGUUGGGCGCGAUUUCUGGAAUAUUUACGUCUGCCGGUUAACAAGUGGAAAAGCGUUGUGAAUAAUAAAAAAAUCUUAAGAAUUCUGUAUUUAACUGGGCAAUGAGUAAAGUUUAUUUCAAUGAAUAUCUAGAAAUACAAUUGAGAGAAAUGUGCCUGCACUGAUUAAUGUCUUUUUUUUCUGGAAAUAGGAUUUGAAAAAAAAUAAGAGGUAGAGAACUGAAAAAUGGAUCGACCAAGCAUGGAUAGUUUCCUGAGACGGGAUGUAACAUCUCCGAGAAAACGAAUGUCAUUGGGGCCAUCGUCAAGGCGUCAGAGUUGCGGUGUGAGUUUAUCAGGUCGUUCAACUCAAUCAGUCCAGGUGAUAUGUCGUUCAGCGAGCCACAUAGUCGAAAGUUUUGGUUCUUCAUUGCCAGUUCUGGUGACAGAGGCACUGACCUUCGUCGACAGGAACACAGCAGUGAGUGUGAAUGGGUCCCAGAAUGGCUGGGCUUGGUUGGUCUGUGGAAGACGACUUCUGGUGUGGCAAUGCAAGACGACCAUGGACCCGAAGCAACGUCCAACCUUCAAGUCCCAAUGUCGAGAACUCCAGCUACCUCAGAGUGAUCUAGCUCACAAGGCUGAGUGCAUAGCAGUUUGGCUUCCACAGGGCCACCAGGUACCCAGCUGCAUGGCAGUCUCACCCGAGGGAAUAGUCCGUUACUGGAGUAGUGUAGCACACGAGGAAUCCUCCGUGGAGACCUCAGCGGAGCUGGCAGGCCAGGAAGUCGAUUGUCUAACCCACAUUCCCAGUCACGGCUGUAUUCUGGCCACCACAACCUGCACAGUGGCCCUCCUUCAGCCUCAGUUCACAAAUGCCCGUAAUACCAUCACCUGUAGAGUCCUCAGAACUUCCCAAGGAUGGCUAGGUGGCAUUGGGCGCAGAAUGUCAUCCUUGAUCUUUGGGGGGAUGCCACAAUCCCCAGUGAUGGAAACCAAACUGGCUAAAGUCACCUGCACGAGCUUUGGGGAACGCUCCAGGGUUCUCAUCCUGGCUGGAUCCUCUCUGCAAUACUGGUCAUUUUCCUCUGGAGAACAAGAGAAGAUGGAGUUCGACGAGGACGUUGGGCACAUCGUCUCCCAAGAGUUUCAAAAACACAUGUGGAAUUCGAGGCAAUUAGCUCCUCAGAACAUGGAAACUUGGCUCAUUGAUAUGCAACCCUGUGACGAGGGGAUUGUUCUCCUCGUAGCAGCUAAUUCAUCAGACACUUCACCAUCUAGAAUUCAUUUUGCUCUGGGUUUACUCCCCCUGAAUGGUACUAGUCUUACGAAUUCCUUCAAGUGGUUCCUGCAGCUCAAGAUGUGGCUUCUGAGGAACAAGGAGGACAUCGAGACCGCCAUAUCUUCCUUCAGAUUCAUUCUCUCAGGCUGGGAGGCUAUUAUUUAUAAUUCCAACACUGUUCACGUAGUUAAUACUGCUAAUGAACACGAACAGGAUAAAAUUGACCUGGUGAGAAGUACAGAGGAUAAAAUUCUAGGAGGCUCCAUCUGCUCAGGAGCCCCCAUCCUCUUCACCAGGAACUCUGGCCUCGUCACAAUCACAAGACCAGACUUUCCCCUUCAGGAUUUCAAUUCAAGCUUUGCUGAUACCAACAACAGUAUCGAUUAUACUCUGAAUACGAGUGUAACCGAUAAUUUUAACGCUACGAUAUCGAAUGAAAAAUUGAGAGAGAUGUAUCUCAGCUCAAAUGGAGUUGACCAGCUCGUUGCAGCUUUUAUGUUCAGUUGCAGGCAGAGCAAGCAAGAAUGUGAACAGAUACUUGGGGAAUUAUUUCCUUAUCAGGAGGAACCUGUCAUGGACAUCGAUGCAUUGUUGGAUACACUAGUCCUAGAAGUUGCAAAACGCCUCAUCGAUGAUUUCCCUGCUAAUGAUCCUCGUUGGGCGAAUCACAUGGAUACCUCUAUGACCAUGACAACGGUGUCUUCGAUGCAAAUCCCUCAUCAGCUCGAUGGGAAGCAGAAGGCUUUGGAUCUGUUCGUCGGAUUUUUGAAGGAGUACAACCUUUGGAGUAGGUUCUGCGCUGUCACGUACAGAGGAAUCAUCAUGUCGACCUCUCAUGUCCUUGGCGAAUAUGCUGAGAAGAUUGUGGCUGCACUGGCCAUUUACAACUUGCAGAAUCAAUUCCCCGAUAUUUUAGAUCCGAUUAUCGAGGAGAUGCUGAAUCCAGAGCGCUUUAUUUCACCUGAGUUGAGUGCUCGGGAUGUUUUUUACAGGGAAGUCAGCACAGUUCAUCAAUUGCUCCCAGCGUUAGUGACUUCAACAAACGAUGUGACCCAAUCUGAUAAACCGAUUCAACAGGUCUCACAGUAUAUUCUUCGGGUCAAUUCGAUUCUCCUUGGGGUAUUGAGAGAGGUCAUCAAAUACAGGCAGAACAAUGCGGACAGAUUCGUGCCAUCUAAGUCUUCAAAUGCUGUCACUGAGUAUUUACCCUGGACUGCAGCCGUCGGGAAGAAUGAAUUGAGAACUUGUCUUUAUACGAUGCAAAAUUUGACCUUGAAGCAUGGAAUUACGGGAACAAAUGACUCAGCUGUUAGAAACGAGCUUUCUGAUCAGAUUGUAGGGAUCAUUGACCUGAUCCUCGAUGGGAGGAAAUGUCAUCUUGAAAGUAUCAGAGGAACUGAAAAAUUCGAUAUUCUGGUUAAACAGUAUGAAACUGAAAGGACGAAUUUAAUUCAACCGCUGAUCAAAAAUGAACAAUAUGAGAAUGCUGCGAUGUUAGCUGAAAAAUAUUUUGAUUUUGCCUCGCUAGUGCAGAUCUGUGAGCUGACUGAUAACAAGAACAGGUUGGAUAGCUAUUCAGAGCGAUUUGUUGAUCAGGAUUUUGUGGGCUUUUUGUUCUCCUGGUACGUUAAAGACGGAAGACAGGGACAGCUGGUGGAACGGUGCAGACGUGGAGGUGCUGGAGAACUGACUGAAAAAUUAGCUGAGCAUCCUGAGUUGUCGUGGGUUCAGGAGUCAUUGACUGGAGAGUACCGGCAAGCUGCCCACACUCUCAAUGUUUUGGCUAAUGAAGAGGUGGAGCUUGUAAAAAGAAAGAAAUUGAAACUUUCAUUGAGUAAAUUAGCUCUGUUGUGUUCGGAUGAGCCUGAGGAGGAGAUUCACGAUGCCCUGGACAGGAUCAGCAGCGAUUUGGAGCUCAUUUCGUACCAGGAAGAGCUGCCUGAUGAUGUUUUGGAGACCUAUGGUUAUGAUACUAGUAAAUUGAGGGUCCUCAAGCCCGUGGAGCUCAUCAAUUUUUAUACAUGCGAUGAGAACGCUCUUGCUGGGGAGUUUGAUUUCAAGAAGGCCUUGGAUUUAUUAGAUUAUGUUCCUGAUGUUGAUGAUAAAAAAUCGCUGAGACUGAGAAUCUGGGCGAGGGCUGCCAGGAGGGAUACGUGGGAUGCCGUCACCAAGAAUCCGGAAAUCCAGAUACAGAAGACUUUAUUCUUCACACUCAUGGAUCUCAAUCAUACAAUGGGAGCUCCCCUGGAAGAAUGUCUUCCACCAAUGGAUGACUUACUCUUGGAAUCUGAAUUGGGCCCUCUCGCAGUAUCCAGCAACUUCCAGUAUCUUAUCAAACUCGUCUAUGAGUAUUCAUUACAACAUUUCAAGAUCCAGAGUGGGUGAGGAUAGACGGAAGAUUUUUGCAUUAUUUCUACAAUCAUUGAUAAUUAAAUAAAUGUUUGGACUAAUUCAA